UCUCAUCAGCCUUACAUCUUUCAAUUCAACCAGCAUGGGCAAUGCAUUUGCAAAGAAGCGCGAACGUUCUCCGUCCACUCAGUUCUCUCUCAACUCGUCCUCCUCUCACAACAAUCAACUUUUUUUCCAUCAGGAAGAGAUUCUAGACGUAGCGGCUGUCGAUAGUGAGUCUGUCGUGAUAGGAGGAGGCGAUUCGAAUGCCUCAAUCGUAAAUCUGGCGAAGAGAGAAGCAACCAGAGUGUUUGACAGACACAAAAAGGCGGUUUUGAAGGUUGCCUAUAGCAACGAGUUACAGGCCGGAUUGAGCAGCUCUAGAGAUGCUACUGUUUAUAUGUGGUCGUAUCCAACGUGUAGCGACGUCCUGCAAGCCUUCAACGGGCAUUCCCUGGCCGUCACGGGUUUAUCACUAAAUUGUGACGUCACGAGGCUAGCAACCGGGUCACGUGACAAUUCGGUGAUGAUAUGGGACGUUCGUACGGCUUCUCGCGUUGCGCAGAGAGCCGUUUCUCGCAAUAUCGUCACUCAUAUAUGUUGGUGUGCAAACUCGGAGAACGAGUUCGUGCAGACGAGUGAGGACAAAGUCGUGAGAGUUUGGGAUCAGAGAACGACGGACGUCGUUCAACAGUUUCCGAUGCAGAGACACAUUCAGACACACUGCGACACAUCAGAUGAUGCCCAUUUUGUGCUCACAUCAAACAGCGGAACGAACGGCGGUGAGUGUUCGGUCACACUUUGGGACAGACGACAAACAGCAAUCAUACGCAAAUUCAUCGGCCACAAGUCGGUCGUAAACAGAGCUGUAUUUCUAAAGAACAAAUUCACUGGAUGUAUUGCCAGUUGUGCUUCAGAUUCUGUGAUCAAAUUAUGGGACGUCAAUACAGGCAAUUGUCACGUCAGUAAGUACGUGGACGGCGCAGCAUCAUUGACGUCUCUCUGUGUUGUUGACAGUAGGCGUCUCGUGUGUGGCAGUCAAAGACGAGGAGUAAAUAUAUUUGAAAUGAACAGGAAUGGUGAUGAAAAUUGUACAUUAAAUCAUAUCGAAAAUCUAUAAU